GACGGGAACGCGGACACGCGACCGCCAUUUUCUUUUUCAAAUUUUAAUUUUCGAACGCACCCCUGUAAGUACUCGAACGUGUCCUUUGCGGAUUGCUAAAAAAAGUUAAAUGUGAACGUUUAAAAGGUUUGUUUCUGGAUCGGGUUAAUGCAAUGUCAAAUAUGAACGGCAAAGACGAACAGCCCAUAGUACCCCCAUCGUCCCUAAUUAGACGAGUCUCCUCUCGUUCGAUACGAAACUCCAUCUCCGAGGAUAAGGAGAAUGGAGAGAACAUUAAAAGUUUCGUUCCGAAAUACAAGAAGACCCCGGAAGCACUAAAGAAUUAUCACAUGACGGAUGGAGAGAGUGAGCUUGAGGUUCCUGGGACUCCGAUGACACCUAGGACAUCCACAACUCCUGGACACGAGAAAUGCACGUUCCACCACGACCUGGAACUGGACCACAGGCCACCAACCAGAGAGGCCCUGCUACCCGAUAUGGCCAGCUCUUACAGAUUGCUGCUCACAGGUUUAGGAGAAGACCCAGACAGGCAGGGCCUGUUGAAGACUCCUGAAAGAGCUGCCAAAGCUAUGCUGUUCUUCACUAAGGGCUACGACCAGAGCCUUGAAGAGGUCCUAAAUGAAGCCAUUUUCGACGAGGACACAGAUGAGAUGGUGGUGGUGAAGGACAUCGAGAUGUUCUCCAUGUGCGAGCACCAUCUGGUGCCGUUCUACGGCAAGGUAUCCAUCGGGUAUCUGCCGCAAGGCAAGAUCCUUGGACUCAGCAAGUUGGCCAGAAUAGUGGAGAUCUACUCCCGCCGCCUGCAGGUGCAAGAGAGACUGACCAAACAGAUCGCUAUUGCCGUCACCCAGGCCGUCCGACCGGCGGGCGUCGCCGUCGUCAUCGAAGGAGUACACAUGUGCAUGGUGAUGCGUGGGGUCCAAAAAAUUAACAGCAAGACCGUGACCUCCACCAUGCUGGGCGUGUUCCGCGACGACCCCAAGACCAGGGAGGAGUUCCUCAACCUCGUGCACUCCAAGUGAGAACGAUGCCGUCGCUACCACUCGCUCGAGCCUUAAACUCUCAAGCCUUAAGCCUUUAAGGCUAGAUCGAGCCUUUAAGGCUUGAGCUAGGGUUCGGUCGACCCUUAAAGUCUCAAGCCCUUGAGGCUUGGACUGCGACUUAAGGCUCCAGCAAGCGCUAGGCUUCAUUGAUAGCCUCUGAAAUUAAUUAUGAUUAUUAACGCAAAUUAAAUUAGCAAAAUAACGCUUGGUUUUAUUAAGUUUUGUUAAAGAUCUUUAAUUAAAGUACUUUUUUCUUUCUUUUUCUUCUUCUUAAUGUCUAAUGAUUUAUAAAUCUUAAUAAAACCAAGCUUCAGAACUCGAAUAUAAUGCACGAAAUGACUAAGCUUGCCAAUUUUCAAUAUGAUACAAAAGAAUUACGGAGUGGAUGAUAUUUUUAUUAAUUACUGAUGCGUUAUUGGUUUUGACUUAAAAUCAAGAACAAUAAAAAUGUGUUACUAAAUAAACACUCAUAAAAAACUAUUUUUGAUGGUCUGCACGUAAAGUUUUUUUAUUAGACAAUGUAUAACACCAAUAUUUAUUGAACGACAUCGUACAUCGUAGUAGAAAUUAAAAAGUGGCAACACUGUAGUCUCGUCCCUUUCAAAUCAAUCUAAGAAAAAAGGGACGACACUACAGUGCUGCCACUUUUUAAUUUCUACUCUUUUUUGCCAGACUGUAAGCUCAGUGAUUUUGUGCGUUAUUUUGUUUCUUUUUUAUUGGCUGCUUUUUUUUUUAUUAAAAAGCGUUGUUUCUUUUGAAUUAAAUUAAUUUGAAUCCGGAUGCAAAAUUGUUAUUAUCUUUUAAAUACUUUAUUCUUAUUGUUCUGUAUUCAGUUUCAUAUCUUUUUAUUUCUUUGCUUUCUUUUGUACUUUUUUCCAGUAUUUAAGUUAUUUUGUAAACGGGAUUUUAUAACUGCCUUAAUUUUAGGUAUAUUAGUUUGCUUUGCUUGUGAGAAUGUAUUCGUUAUAAAUAUAUUUUUGUAAUUGAAAUUUACUUAGGUAACUUAAUACAAAAGAGCAAAAGUUUACAUGACAAUAAAAUAGGAUUUUAUGAGAAAUUUGGUAAUAUAUAUUGCCCAAUUACCACGUUUCUCAUAAGUUAAUUGAAAUUUAGGCAUUUUAUAUUAAUUUAGUUAUAUUUUUAUUGUUGUAAAAUCGAAAAUAAGUGGACCAAUCCAUUUGUAAUAUUAUUUUUAAUUUAAACAAAAAUCUCAAGUGAUUCAUGGCUGAUGCUUGACAUUUUUGAAAAUACUUAUACAUAUUUUUGAUGUUUUAUUUAUAAAUUUUAUAUUUAUGCCAAUGACGUUGCCUUAAAAUGAAAUUAUGAAUGUAAUCAUUUUUGAUGUUUUAAAUUAUACAAAUAAUGAAUGUAAUUUGAAAAGUAUUCUCAUUUAAACAAUAAAGGUUUUAUUUUAAGUUGAA